UGUGUCCUUCUUCGACCUUCCCACCACCCCGGUCCUGGCCCUAUAGCUUGUGCAUACGGCCGCACGGACUCUGCGUGCAUCGUGAGGGGUUUCCCAGGCCACGACAUUAUAGGCACUGAAAAUUACCAUCUGAUCUGGAUGUCUUGCUGGGGUUAUCAUUCAUGUACCUUUUCCAGCGAACCAAGUUUCUGUCGAAUGAGAAGGACAUCUUGCAUCAUGGAUGGAUUCUACCUUCUCUAUCUGCUCAUGAUUCUCCUGAUGAGAUCUGGUGAUGUUGAAAUCAACCCUGGACCAGACAGGAUUGUCAGUGAGGCAGAAUUCAUAAAGCUGUCCAAGCUAAUUGAACCUAGCUACUACAAAGAGGUGGGUGUUAACCUGGAGAUCCCCAAUGCAGAGCUUGAUCAAAUCAGCAUGCAGCAUUUGCAACGUACCAAUGAUGCAUUGAUGACAGUGUUUACGAGAUGGAGAGACAAACAGCCGCCAAGCACAGACAUCAGGACUCUUCUUGCAGAGGGAUUAGAAAGAAGUGACUUAGGGUCCCUCUCUGGCCAACUACUUGCUGGCAGUCUAGUCCCAAACAGGACAGGUGCACCUUUUACAAUGCCAGGAUCACAGGCCCAGCAACCACUUUCUCCUGACCUGAUCAAGAGAUGUGCAGAUGAUUUCAAAUUUAAGUACCGGACAACUCUCUGUAAGAUCAGAGCUGAUCCUCUCAACCCUGAUUCAAUAGCGCAAUUUAACGACAUGUACACAAACCUCGUCCUGGAAGAGGAAUAUCGAGAAUGCAAGCGGCGACCACUUGAGUACAGGGAUCUCUUUGAUCUUAAAGUCAAUGGAGAGUUCCCCAAGCGGAUCAUGAUUCAGGGAGAGGCUGGGGCUGGAAAGACAACAUUCUGUGCUAAGAUUGCCUGGGACUGGAUAAAUGACAGUCCUGUUCUCCCAAAGUUUGUGUGGGUACUUGUUGUCCCUUUUCGUGAAGCCAAGCAAUACACGAUCGGUGAGAUUGCCAAGUCGUAUCUCUCCAAGGACAACCCAGCAACAGCUUGCCAGAUCACUGAGUACAUCCGUUCAAAUCCAACUCAUGUAUUCAUUGCGUUUGAUGGAUUAGAUGAGUUUGAUGGCAAGGUUGUACAGGAAGGGGAAGCGGGUUCAAAGUCAGAAUGUCACCAGCCAAAGUCUGCUGAUCAAACCAAGGCAAGAUCAGAAUCAAAGAUGAACAAGAAUAAGCGGCAAAAGUUAACACAGACAAAGUCAUCAAGUGCCACUUCGCAGCCAAGAGACAACAGCGCAGAGGCGAGUGGAAGUUCUUCAGAGAGAAGUGACAUUGCACUUAGAGAUAUUCUUCGUUCACAUAAACUUGAGGCUUGCCCGGUGUUGGUGACAAGUCGCCCAUGGAAGGUCACAGAGAUUAGAUGGGAUGAUAGACUAAGGAAACUGUACACUUUCAUGCAUGUGGAAGGUUUUAGCAAGGAGAAUGUGGAGGCUUACAUUCACAAGUACUUUCAAGAUGAUGGGGCCACAGCAGAUCAGCUUAUCCAAUUAACCAAAGACAAUGACAUCAUAUCUGAGAAUAUGGCCCCGUAUCCUAUCUACAUAGCUAUGCUCUGUCUUAUGUGGAGAGAAGUUGGUGACGAAAAACGAGAAAAGUUUAAGUCAUUUCAAACUUUUUCUCAAAUAUUUGAUACAAUGUUUGAAUUCCUAAGGGUACAUUAUGCUCAGAAAAUGAUCACAAAUUUAGACAACCCAUCAUUCAACGCAUAUAUGUCUCAAAUUGAGAAGCUCAUGGAACCAGUUGCCAAAGUUGCUUUCAUCGGGCUACAAGAAAACACCCUCAUUUUCAAAGAAGAUGAUUUCGAACAUUGCUCAGACUCCAUGGAAACAGCUUGCAGAGUAGGGGUGUUGUCUCAGGAAAAAAAAUUGUCAUCUAGAUAUGAUAAGAGCAGUCCAUACCUGCAGUCUACUCUCUUUUUUCCACACAAACUCUUUCAAGAGUACAUGGCUGGGGUCCAUCUUGCUUCCCUGUAUGAAUUAGAUCACUAUGAAUUCAACAGGCUGAUUGAGCAAGUAGUGCUGCCUAGGAAGGAAGAGUGUAGGUAUCUCCUGUACUUCACUGUAUCACGGGACAAGACCAUUGCUAACCAUGUCAUGAAAUGCAUGGUACAAGGUAAUGCCCGAAACAUAGUGAACAGGGAUUUCUUGGUUGAUGUAUCCUUUGAGAGUCGAGACCUAGAUACCGCAGCCUUGGUGACGGGUGGAGGGCAAUCUCAGUUGAUAAUAGACAAAGAUAUGAAAGCACACACGGUAGCAGGUUAUGCAUUCACUGGAAUACAUUUAGAUGUGGUAAGUAUACAUACAUUUUUAAGUAAGCACAAAUCCAUUGUGUAUCUAUAGACACGCAUGUUUUAUUAAUGGAUCAAUAAUAUGCAUAUUUCCCACUCUCUAACAUCUAUU